GAAAUAUAAUCUGUUCAGGGGACUAUUGAAGAGAUCUGAGACAGCAGAUGAUCUGGAGAGAUGCAUCACCACCGCAAACACUCUGGGCUCAGUGAUUACAGCAGAGAUUACAGAACUAAACAGCCUUCGUCAUUCUACUAUGAUGUGAAUCAACAGGAAGAGUACAACAGGAAACUGCAUAAACUGAAAAAAAGCAUCAAAGAACUGACCUCAGAUUUUGACAGAAAGCAUCAACAUCUCAGUGGUAAAAUAAAGGAAAUGAUGAAGAUCCUUGACAAACUUGAGUUCAUGCACAAGGCUACUACAGCGGGCAGUUUGGCUGGAUCCUCCAUGGGAGUAGCAGGAGGAAUCACAGCCAUUGUUGGCCUGGCUUUAUCACCUGUAACAUUAGGUGUUUCUUUACUUGUCACUGGUGCAGGAGCUGUUGCUAUCACAGCUGGAGGAACAACACGUCAUGCAUGCAACCUAACCAACAUGAUGAAGCUGGAAAGCCUACAAGAGACUAUUGACACCAUCAUCAAUGAUCUCCUGAGCACAAUCCUCCCAAUAAUGCAGCAAAUGGAAACAAUUUUUAACAUAUUAGAAGAGAUGAAAGAGAUGGAGCAGGGUAUGAGGGUGACGCAAGCAGGUGUGAGAGCAGCCAGAGCCAAUUCAGGAGAUGUGCAUGCAGAGGGAGGGAAUAAAAAUAAGAAAGUGUUUAAGGAAACAAAAAAAUCUUUCGAAGUGUGUGAACGGGCUGAAAACAUUUUCAAUGUGGCUGCACAAGCUGACCAUUUUGCCCCUGCGGUGACCGCUGUGACUGGUAUAGUCUCGGCUUUAUUUGUUGUCUUUGAUGUUGUUCGUAUUGCACAAAGUUUAAAAGAGAUCGCCACGAUGAAUAAAAAAGCAAACAAGAUAAAAGCAAAAAAUAUCAAAUCAGAAACUUUAAAAUACAUUCAUCAAAAGAGGGAAACUGUUGCACUUUUCCAGAAGAUCCUGGAUGUAAUUAAAAGUUUCAUAGACAACAUAACUGAAGAAUUUAAAGAAAAACUAAAUAUGAAACGGCACAUCUUUUCCAGCUAGGUACUGCCAGGGAAACACAUACUGACAAUAUAGGGGUCAGUAAAUUGCUAUAUCUCUGAAGACAUGAUG